CGCCGCUCUCAAUUCGGUUGUUCCUGCCGCACACCUCCCCAUCGCCCGGCCCUUUCCUCGGAAUCCUGCUGCCGCCGUUCUCGUCCGUUGUUCAUCCGCUGUUCAUCCACUCUUCAUCCGCUGUUUCGCCAUGAGCUCCACCCGCCAAGAAAACAAUUCGGGUCUGCUGCUGCUCGCCCAGGCUGCCGAGUUCCUGACAUCGCAGCCCAAGCACGGCGUCGCUGCCAGCCCCAAGCCCACCUAUCUUUCAAGCCCGCCGUCGGAGCCCAGAGCCAUGUCUCCUGUCUCUGCGCGUCCUCUUCCGUUUCCGCACCAUGUCGCCGUCCGACCGCCGUCUCCCCCCCUCGUCCAUGAACAUCACCCCGGGGUCGCACUCUACUUUUCAAGCCCACCGCAGCCUUACUACUAUGGCCCAGAAGUCUCUCCCCCAGCCCCGUCUGCGCUGCCUUAUCCACAUCGCACAUGGCCGGGCUCGCUUGGAUCAGCCAUUUGCUCUGCAUUCCGGUCCAACUGCAACCAGCCUCUGCCACUCGACAGACUCGUCAACGAGGUCUGCAUGUCCUUUGGCAGUGCCGACUCGAUGCAGGUCAUGACCGACAUCAAGGCAUAUCUGUCUCGGCAUCCCCAGCAGUUCACCAAAAUCCCCACCAAUGGCGACGAAUCCCCUGUGUGGAUCUUUUCUCCCCUGGCCGGCCCAGUCACCCAUGAGGACAACGGCCCCUAUCCGUCACUUGUUCCCGCCGCUGCCGCAUACAACCCGCCUCUGUCGCCUCGCCGAUCGCCCGUCAUAGAGUCUCGCUCAUGGAAUGAACCGACUUUGGGUUGCCAGUCCCUGCCCAGCCACACUGGCAGUCAGUCGCCGACCUCCGCCGGCCCUGGUCUCAAGCUGACCUUUAUCACCGUCAAGCCCGAAGACACCUUCAAGUCGACAGAGUACGUUCGUCGAAAAGUCAUCACCAAAAAGCCCAAGGCGCUCAAGAAACGAUCGUCGCUUGUCACAUCCACCGCCCAAAAGGCAAAACACAUCCUCCCGGCGGCCCAUGGUGCAUAUCUCUAGAUCAGAGCCGCCGCUUUCCCUGAAGUACCUGCCACCACCACCAGUACCAAGUUUGCCUUUCCACCGGACCUUCACCAACCUUGCUCCGGCUGGCCAUCACUCGCUAUGCCUCCGCUAACACCCCGCUCCGUCUUGCCAAGCCUCUCCUCCA